AUGAAGUCUGAAGGUGUGUUUGAGGGAGGUGGUCUUUUCACAGCAAGCUACUGUAACAUCUGCAAUGCCCAGCUCAUCUCCGAGUCACAGCGCAUCGCACACUACGAGAGCAGGAAACAUGCCAACAAGGUUCGUCUUUUCUACAUGCUUCACCCCGAAGACGGAGGACCACCCUCCAAGAGACUGAGAUCUGACAACCCUGACAGUGCAGACAGUGUCAUAGACAAAAAUAAGUGUUGCACGCUGUGUAACAUGUUCUUCACCUCAGCUAUUGUAGCCCAGUCCCACUACCAGGGCAAAACACAUGCCAAAAGAGUCCGACUGGUACUUGGUCCUGUGGCUGGCACUUCCCCAACAGAUUCCUUGCCCUGUCCGCCCUCAUCGCCCCCUGUUGUGUCACCGCCUCCUGUUUGGUCUCCUUCCUGGACUCUGACCAGCGGGAAAGCAGUUUCUAAGUCAUGCUGCCUGUGUGGGGCAUGGUUCAAUAACCCUGCCAUGGCCCAGCAGCACUACGAGGGGAAGAAGCACCGCAGGAACGCGGCCAGAGCGCGUCUCCUGGAGCAGCUGGCAGAUAGUCUGGACAGCUGCCAGAGCCCAGGAUUGAGGAGCUGUUACACCUGCAGAGUGUGCACCAUGACCCUGAACUCUAUCGAGCAGUACUACGCACACCUCCGGGGGUCCAAACAUCAGAACAACUUGAAACAGAACCAGAGAUGUGUUAAUGCAGCUGUUCAGUGA